UCCGACUGGAGUUGAGGCGGCCAAAGGACUGCCUGACAGAAUACCAAUUGGUGCAAUAUUUCUCCCGGGUCAACAAGAACUCCGCGCAGCUUUUGAACAUGCCAUCGAGGUACACAACUAUCGAGACCAAUUAUUCUCAGUCACACCACAUGUCGAAGUACUCGAAUCGGAUGAUCCCUUUCAAGUCGCCAAGAAAAUUUGUACGAUUCUCAAGAAUGGAACGUUUGCCAUGGUGGCUACGACGACCGCGACCUCGUACGAGACCUUGAUCUCGUAUUCGAACACUUUUCAAAUCCCCUUUGUCAGUCCGUCUUUCCCCUACCAUACCCGUAUUCGACAAACUAAAUACGGAAUCUCGAUGCGACCCGACUAUCUCCCUGCGAUAUUGGACCUGAUUCAACAUUAUCGAUGGCGUCAGAUUGUCUACAUCUACGACUCGGACGACGGAUUGCUGAAGUUGCAAAACCUCUACAAACUCACGACAGACGACUACAAACUCGAAAUCAUUAAGGUACGACGAGUAACAUCAUCGAAUGAAGCGAAUAAAUUCCUCGUUGACUACGAUAAUGAAACGCGCGACCAAUUGAAACACGUUGUGAUAGACUGCGAAGCCGAUUUGACUCGGGAGAUUAUCAUCAAACACGUACGGCAUCCAAUCGUUGGACGGAGAACUUUUCACUUUCUGCUGGGAGGACUCAUCAUGGACGAGUUCGCUAAUAAUCCGGCAAUGGAGUUCGGUGCGGUCAACAUCACUGGUUUCCGACUUGUAGCCAACAACAGCAAAGCCUACGAGGAGGUGUUCACCGAGAGGAGCCGGCAGAACUGGCCCGAUCCCAAAACCAAGAAGAUCACUUCCGAAGCAGCGCUGAUGUAUGAUGGAACACGCGUGGUACUGAAUGCAUUCAAGCAACUGCUCAACGAAUACCCAGCGAUCUUCGCGAAGAAUUUCAGACGCGGAGAAGUGUACAACAAUAAUACGCGGGGCAUCGAUUGCAAAAGGGAGAAGAUCAUGCCUUGGGAACACGGGAACGAGAUCUUCCAAAGGCUGCGGAAUGUGAGGAUUCGAGGUUUGAGCGGGAACAUCUCCUUCGACCAAGAUGGCUCUCGCUCACACUACACGGUAGACAUUGUUGAAGUGACCGUCAACAGCGAACUUACAACUAUUGCCGAGUGGAGUCCCCAGUUGGGCUUCGUGUUUUCUGCGCCCAAAUACCGGAGAGGUCAAAGUGACCUUGGAUUCAAGGCGAACAAAACCUAUGUCGUCACCAGUAUUCUUGAAGAGCCGUACCUCAUGAAACGCAAAAUGGAGCCGGGGGUGAAUUUGACUGGGAACCACCAGUUCGAGGGGUACUGCAAAGAUUUGGCCGACCUCAUCGCCGAGAAGCUCACUUUUACGUACGAGUUGCGGCUUGUCAAAGACGGAAAAUAUGGAGGUCAGAGUGCCGAGUCGGAGUCCGGCUGGAACGGAAUGGUUGGAGAGCUCAUCAGAAACGAAGCGGACAUGGCCAUCGCCCCGUUGACGAUUACCUCAGCGCGGGAGCGUGUUAUCGAUUUUACCAAGCCUUUCAUGUCGCUCGGCAUCAGCAUCAUGAUCAAGAAGCCAAUGAAGAAAAAACCGGGCGUUUUUUCCUUUAUGAACCCACUCUCUCGGGAGAUUUGGAUGUGCAUCAUUUUCGCCUACGUGGGCGUUUCGGUUGUCCUGUUCCUCGUGUCACGUUUUUCACCUCACGAAUGGCGCUACGAAGAAACCUUUGUUGGGCCGACAGUCUCCAAUGACUUCUCGUUAUACAAUAGCCUCUGGUUUUCGUUGGGGGCCUUCAUGCAGCAGGGCUGUGACAUUUGUCCAAGAUCGGUUUCCGGUCGGAUUGUGGGAGGUGUGUGGUGGUUCUUCACGCUGAUAAUUAUUUCAUCGUACACUGCCAACUUGGCUGCGUUCUUGACAGUCGAACGCAUGGUGACACCGAUCAAUUCAGCCGACGACCUCGCGAAGCAGACUGAGGUCGAAUAUGGAACCCUCGAAUCGUCUUCCACACAAGAUUUCUUCCGAAAAUCGAAAAUCGCUGUUUAUGCCCGAAUGUGGGAGUUCAUGAACACACGGAAGAACGUUUUCACGUCAACGUACGAAGAGGGGAUCCAGAGGGUCCGGGAAUCCAAAGGCAAAUACGCUUUCCUCAUGGAAUCCACGAAAAACGAUUAUAUCAACGAAAGACGACCCUGCAAUACCAUGAAGGUCGGCGGAAAUCUGGACGCCAAAGGCUACGGUGUUGGAACACCACUCGGAUCCUCGCUCAGGGACCAGCUCAAUCUAGCCGUUUUGUCAUUCAAAGAAAACGGCGAUUUGGCGCGCCUUCAAAAUAAAUGGUGGUACGACCGCAGUGAGUGCAAGACUGGCGAUGCGAACAAGGAAUCAACGCAGAACGAAUUAACGCUAAGCAAUGUAGCAGGCUGCUUUUACAUUCUGAUCGGAGGCUUAGUCCUCGCAAUGGUUGUUGCCCUUUUGGAGUUCUGCUACAAAUCGCGCCUAGAAGCUACACGGUCAAAGACGACCAUGUACGACGCCAUGAAAGCAAAAGUCCGGAUGUCAAUAACGGGCACUCAGAGUGGAUCUGGGCCAGGAAGAAAUCUAGGAGGUCACGGAGAGGAACGUGCCAGGUUUCACACGCCGGGGCCCCAUUUGAUCGGGCCGGAGUUUAUAGAUGACCGUAUCUCAUUGAAUACUCACACGCAAGUGUAG